GGUUUGAGAUGGACUAUAUUCUUGGGCACUCUGGGAACUGCUUUGGGUUCAUGGAUUAAGGCAGUAUCAGUUGCACCCGACAGAUUCUGGGUCACCUUUACCGGACAGACCUUUGUAGCGUUGUCUCAGGUGUUUCUUGUGAGUAUCCCACCGCGCUUGGCAGCCGUUUGGUUUGGCUCCGAUCAAGUGUCAACUGCUUGCUCCAUUGGAGUGUUCGGAAAUCAGCUGGGAAUGGCAGCCGGAUUCCUCCUGCCACCAAUAUUCGUGAAGAAUCAUGAUGAUGUUGAAGAGAUUGGUUCAGAUCUUUCACUGAUGUUCAACUGCACUGCAGGAGCCGGUACAUUUGUAUUAAUACUGGUCAUAGCAUUUUUCAAAGCGGCACCUCCCUUACCACCAAGUCCAGAGCAGGCCCUCAAGUUACAGGCUGCAUGGAGAAAGAAUGGGUUCUUCUUGGGAGUGAAGAGGCUACUGGAAAACCGUGGCUUCAUUCUGCUCCUCUUCACUUAUGGUCUGGCAGUGGCAGUAAUCAACUCACUCAGCACGCUGCCUAAUCAACUUGUACUGUCUUAAUUCCCGGUAUAUGUGUGUGUAAUGUACAAAUAUCUAUUCCAGAGGCAGACAACUGUUUUACUCAUAAGCUAAGUGGGAUUAUUUCUAACUGACCUUAGACCAGAGAUACGAGAACAAUUCUGUUGUGCAAACAUUGUUAACACUUUGCGUACCAGCGAUUUAAGUAUUUAAAUCACCCUGGGGGCUGACUUUUUUAUACCUACUACCCUAACUUGUGCACU